AUCUCUUUAUUGACCUUCCAACAAGAGGACUACAAUGUGUGACUGGAGUAUAGCCUGGUUUUAAUGCAAUAACUUGUUUUUGGCUGCUGUUUGAAGCAGUAGAGGGGCUUAUCACUGACACACUGUGACAGAAAGUUCCCCCUAAAACUGUGAGAAAAAUCAAAUCUCAACAUCACUAGAUUGCACUUGCUGUGUGAAGUGUGGAUGCUGUCGGGACUGUGAACAGGCAGUGCGUUAACAGCAGCUGUCAAACUCAUGGGACCCUCCUGCCCCCCGGGCGACUGGGAGCUCUGAUGAGGUCCCUAUUGCGCAUGACAGAGAACCGGAGCGCUCCAGAGAGGGAAAUUUAAAAACGGUUUUUGGAGAAUCAAGUGCAACAACAGAGAAAUACAGUACAGGGGCUCUCGACCGGCUCACACAUCUUUCAAUACCAUCAAAACAGCGGUAUCACACAUCCCAGGAAAUGAUAGAAGGUGGAAUAACAUCCAGGAUGUCGGGAAUAAUAGAGAAUGCUGGGCAUCAUCCAUCUCCACAGGACUACAGGCUCCUGACCACGGACCCCUCCCAGCUGAGGGAGGAGGACCUCCCUGGGGACCUGCAGUCUCUGUCAUGGCUCACCUCUGUGGAUGUGCCACGACUACAGCAGAUGGCUGAUAGUCGAGGCCACAGUAACGGGCCCUCCCAGGGCAGCCUUCUGGAGCAACAAACAGCUCAGCUGAGCAACAUGACAAUGACAGCGGGUCAAGGCUCCAUGCUCCACUUCCAGAGCAACAUGCAGCACAGCCCUCUGGGAGUCAGCAUCAUCAACACCCACAGCGGAAGUAUGUCUCCAUUCUCCAUGAAUGGGCUGCCCUCUCCAGGGUACCAGUGCCCUACCUCAGUCUACCAGCCGACGCCCCAGCAGGUGUUCUCUCUAACACAAACUGGACAACAGUGUUCAACUGGUGGACUUUAUAGCAACGUCUCUUUCAACAACCAAAGUCUAUUCACACAACCUCGCCUGGCUCCUCAAGACCAGGAGCUACAGCCCAAGUCUUUCCCCAAACCCAUCUAUUCCUACAGCUGUUUGAUUGCCAUGGCUUUAAAGAACAGCAAAACUGGCAGCCUUCCUGUCAGUGAAAUCUAUAGCUUUAUGAAGGAACACUUUCCCUAUUUCAAGACUGCCCCUGAUGGAUGGAAGAACUCAGUCAGACACAAUCUGUCCCUAAACAAAUGCUUUGAGAAAGUGGAGAACAAGACGAGCAGCUCCUCCCGUAAGGGCUGUCUGUGGGCGCUGAACCCUGCCAAGAUUGACAAGAUGGAGGAAGAGAUGCAGAAAUGGAAACGCAAGGACCUCCCAGCCAUCCGCCGCAGCAUGGCUAACCCUGAUGAGCUGGACAAACUGAUCACAGACCGCCCUGAAAAUUGCAGACGUAAGGUUUUAGAGGCUGGCAUGACCCGGCUGCCCAGCUGUCCAACAGGCCUCCCUCUGUCCGUCCCGCCCCAGAUGCAGCCUCAGCCGAUAGUCACCCUGUCCCUGCCCUGUUUGCCCCUACACCAGCACCACCAGCUCCAGGCUCAGCUCCAAGCUCAGGCUCGCCUUGGCCCCAUGUCCCCUGCCCCGGCCCAGACACCUCCCCUCCACACAGUCCCUGACCUUUCCCACAGUCCCAUGACCCAGCAAUCCAGCAAGGCGCCCGAUGAUUUCUACAGUGUGCAUGGUGACACACACACAGAGGUGGACGCACUGGAUCCGAGCAUCAUGGACUUUGCCCUUCAGGGUAAUCUGUGGGAGGAAAUGAAGGACGACAGCUUUAACCUGGAUGCUUUGGGCACUUUCAGUAACUCCCCCCUCCGACUAUCAGACUGUGAUUUGGGAACAGCCAACCUCCCUCCUGUGUCCACUGGGGCAAAUCUGCCACUGUCAGAUGUGCAAGUCACAGGCCUCUACACCUCCUACACCUCCCAAGACACCCUGUCUUCUCAGUACAUGGGCGCACCAACCAACAGCAAGCCCAUCGCUCUGUUAUAAACUUUUAUUCGACCCCCUGCGGAUACCUGUGGAUGCCAACUGAAGACGUUUGAGAUGAAAAUCUGAAAUUUUUGUGCUAAAGGAAAAAAUCCCACUUCCUUUAGCAGUCAGCUGGGAACUACAUGGAGCAGGAUGUCUGUGAAUCAUUUAAAUUACAGCCCACAAGAACACUCAUUAAAAACUUAAAAUCUGAUAAAUACAGACGUGGCUGUAAGAAAAAGUAUGUAAGACUUUAAAUAUCUAGCUUUGCCAAGCACAGACUGAAAGCCUGUAUGAGUACAAAGACUCUGUGUGGAGAUGUUUAUGUGAGAUAGCAUCCCCCAGUUUUUUUCUACUGUCCACUCUAUCAUUCUGUAGCUCCCCGUCUCUUGUCUGUUGUAUUGUGCUAGGCAUUAUUGCUGUGAUGUUUUAUUUAUAUUUAUAAAAGGCAGCUGGAGAAGUUGAUGACUCCAUCAAUCUUUUGCUGUAUAUAUUUGAAUGUUUCAAACUGCUAUUGCCACAGAAAGCUUUCUUUUGACUGGAUUUUACCCACUUCAGCCCAAAACUCCAAUGUGUCCCACCACAUUGAAUGAUACAGAUUUGAUACAUUAUUCUUUUUACACACUCUGAUUAACGUGUCUCUCAGUCAGAUGUAUGUUAUGCUCAUUAACUUGAUCAUAAUAAAACUCAAAUGGGUAAAUAAAAACAUUCCUUUGCCAAAA